GAAAGCCUAGUGUUGGUGGUGGUGACGGUGGCGGUGGUGGUGGUGAUAACGUAGGUCCAGCAGGUCCACCUGGUUCUCCAGGUGAAAAUGGUCAGCCAGGACCUGCAGGUCCUGUAGGUCCUGGAGGUCCUCCAGGUCCUACAGGUCCCGCUGGUUCCCCUGGUUCUAAAGGUGUUCCUAUAGAUAAAGGCUCUGCCGGCUCCGUAGGUGAUAAAGGUGCUGUAGGUGAUAAAGGUAAGGCAGGUGAUACAGGUCCUGCAGGUUCAGUAGGUCCUACAGGUCCUGUAGGUCCUAAUGGUAUUGCAGGUCCUGCAGGUCCUGCAGGUUCUAAAGGUAUGCCAGGUAAUACAGGUCCUACAUGUCCCACGGGUCCUGCAGGUGCUGAAGGCCCCGCCGGUGCUGCAGGUCCUACAGGUGAUAAAGGUUUAAAAGGAGAUAAAGGUUCUGUAGGUGAUGUAGGCCCUGCAGGUCCUAAUGGUACUGCAGGUCCUGCAGGUCCUGCAGGUGAUAAAGGCAUGACGGGAGAUAAAGGCAUGAAAGGGGAUAAUGGUGGUAAAGGCAUGCCAGGGGAUAAAGGUGAUAAAGGUGGUGUAGGUGAUAAAGGUGUUAAAGGUGAUAAAGGUGGCGUAGGUGAUAAAGGUGGUGUAGGUGAUAAAGGUGUUAAUGGUGAUAAAGGUGAUAAAGGUGAUAAAGGUGAAAAAGGUGGUAAGGGAGAUAAAGGUGUUGAUGGUGAUAAAGGUGAUAAAGGUAAUAAAGGUGAUAAAGGGGGUCAAGGUGACAAAGGAUAUAAAGGUGAUAAGGGUGAUCGGGGUGAUAAAGGCUAUCCAGGCCACGGCAAAGGCAAUGUCUACGGCAACGGCAACGGCCAUGGCCACGGCAACGGCAAAGACCACGGCACCGGCAACGGCCAUGGCCACGGCAACGGCCAUCGCGACGACUAG